CUCGUUCCGUUGCCUCCCUCCAUGACCCUGACGGGGCCAUGAGUUCGUGACGCUAUCUUCUGGCCAGCCAUGUCGCCUUUCCACUUACGGCGUCGCUCGUGGUGCGCCGUGUUUGGCCAUCUUGAGCGGUCGUUCCACAGUAACCCACGUGUCUUCGCCUCGCCGUCGUUACAAACCGUUUCUCGCGCGACGCGCCAGACCGACCAUCGGAGCUUAGUAACGACCAACCAUGAUUCGUUAUUUUCACCCGAACCUCGCUAUAAGCCGCGUAUUCGCUUCCCAUGGCGUCACCAGCUGGCGUACGAUUCGGCUCAGAAGUCACUGACUCCUUGCUGCAGCCACAGCACCGCCGCCUUUCGUGAUCCGCUAUUAGCUUCCGCAAUUAGCGCACGUAGCCUCGCUUCUGGAACAGCCUACUCGAGGGACCAUAGACCAACUAGCCGCGAUUUUCUCGGAUCUCGACUUAAAGAAACAGGAAUUCAUGGCUCCUCCUCGCCGUCAGUACACGCCUGGGCGAGAUUUCACUCGAGCUCGAAUGGUGCUGACGUGGCGCGAUCGAACCCCGAGGUCACUGCGUCAGCCGUGUCCCCAGACGAAGACGGGGAAGCAGCAGCGGGUGACAAUAGCGAGGGUGCCGCAGCGGGCGACAGUAGCGAGAGUGCAGCAGCGGAGGUGGAGGAGCCGAGCAUGCCGGUAGUGGCGAUGGCUGACAGCCGUCCGAUCGUUGUGAUCGUAGGGCGACCCAACGUCGGCAAGUCAGCUCUGUUCAACAAGCUCAUGCGGCGGAGGGAGGCGCUCGGCUGGCUCAUGCGGCGCAGGGAGGCGCUGGUGUGCGACACCCCCCACGGCCACAUGACCAGGGACGUGCGGGAGGGGCUCUGCACCUUCUUUGGCCUCCGCUUCCGAGUCUUUGACACAGCAGGACUCGAACCCGCGACCUCUGCCUCCCACAAAGGGCAGAGCCAGGGACAGACUGGUUCUGGGGUGGGGGGAAGAGAUGGGGGGGAUGGUGGCGUGGGAAGGGUUUUGGGGCCGAGCCUGCUGGAGAGUUUAGGGGAGGCGGAUCGUGCGGCGAUGGAGGCGUCGAUUCUGCAACGGACGGCUGAGAUCACUUCGUACUUGCUGGGGCAGGCAGUGGCGGUGCUGUUUCUCGUGGAUGCCAGGUCUGGCAUUCAACCUGCUGACGUGGAGGUCGCUGAUUGGCUGCGCCGCUCCGUCCCAAAGCACCGGGUGGUGCUGCUGGCGAACAAGUGCGAGGGGCUGGGUGGCGACAGCACAGGCCUGCUGGCGUGCCACGUGGCGGAAGCCUAUUCGCUGGGGUUCGGGGACCCGAUACCCAUAUCUGCUGAGUCAGGGGAGGGAUUGGAGGAUCUGUAUGCGGCUGUGAAGGGACCAGUGGAGGAGAGGGAGAGAGAUAUGGAGGAAAUGCGGGAGGAGAGGGAAAGAGAUAUGGAGGAGAAGGAGCGGGAGGGGAGGGAGGAACGGAUUAUGUCUGUUUCAGUGGAGGAGAGGGCGGGAGAGGGAGAGGGAGAUGAGGGAGGAGAGGGAGAGGGAGAGGGAGAUGAGGGAGGAGAGGGAGAGGGAGAGGGAGAUGAGGGAGGAGAGGGAGAGGGAGAGGGAGAGGGAGAUGAGGGAGGAAAGGGAGAGGGAGAGGGAGAGGGAGAUGAGGGAGGAGAGGGAGAGGGAGAGGGAGAGGGAGAUGAGGGAGGAGAGGGAGAGGGAGAGGGAGAGGGAGAUGAGGGAGGAAAGGGAGAGGGAGAGGGAGAGGGAGAUGAGGGAGGAGAGGGAGAGGGAGAGGGAGAGGGAGAUGAGGGAGGAGAGGGAGAGGGAGAGGGAGAGGGAGAGGGAGAUGAGGGAGGAGAGGGAGAGGGAGAGGGAGAGGGAGAUGAGGGAGGAGAGGGAGAGGGAGAGGGAGAGGGAGAUGAGGGAGGAGAGGGAAGGGAGAGGGAGAGGGAGAUGAGGGAGGAGAGGGAAGGGAGUAACACAGGAAUCAGCCGGCUGACAAAACAGGGCGAAUCUGCGGCGUCUUUGCCAGAUGGCGAGGGCUCUGCAGCAGCAGUGGAUGAUGCUGCCGCCGUUGCCACAGCUCUGGAAAUGGCAGCAGCAGAUGCAUCCCAAGCACCAGCAGCAGAGGAAGAGGCAGAGCAAGCAGCAGCAGAGGCGCUGGACAUACCGCUACAGCUGGCCAUAGCGGGUCUGCCCAACGUGGGCAAGUCAACGCUGGUCAACUCUCUUCUGGGUGCGCAGAGGGUGCUGACAGGGCCGGAGCCGGGGCUCACGAGAGAUGCGGUCCGGAUCGGCAUCACGUACCAGGGGAAACCCAUGUGGCUGGUGGACACGGCCGGGUGGGUGAAGGCAGCGCAGGCGAGGCAGAGGGGGCCGGUGUCGCUAGCUCGGAUGGACAUGGAGCGAAGCAUAGGGCGCGCACACGUGGUGGUGCUGGUGCUGGACGCCGCUGUGGUGGCGGAGGAGGAGAAGUCUCUAAAAACGGCAGAGAGGUCGCUGGCGCGGUGGGUGUGGGAGGAGGGCAGGGCGCUGGUGAUAGCAGCCAACAAGGUGGAUGCGGUGGGGGAGGAGAGGGACAGGCGGUGGGUGAGGAAGAAAGUGAGGCGGGCCGUUCCCCUGGAAAUUGCUGCAUUACUCCCUCAGGUGCACAAUGUGCCCAUAGUUUUCACAUCAGCCCUCCAGGGCGAGGGCGGCAAGGAGCUGAUGCAAGCCGUCUCAGACGCCUAUGACAGAUGGAACACCAUGCUGCCCGCUGCCAGGCUCAAACACUGGCUGCCACAGGCCCUCAUGAAGCUUCCUGGGUCGUCCACCGCAGCUUCUGUCAAGAGCAUAGUGCAAGUAAAAUCCCGCCCGCCCACCUUUGUGGUCCGCGUCUCUGCCGCUGCUGCUGGGGAUCGCUCCCUCGCUCGCUUCCUCUCCUCCAGAAUUGCAGCUGACUUUCGGUUCGAUGGGGUUCCCGUGCGCGUGGUGCUACGAACCAAGGAUGGCACCAGGUGGUGAAGGGUUUUCAAGUGUCAUCAGAGGCUGCUGCUGGGGAUCACUCCCCCGCUCGCUCCCUCACUCGCUUCCUCUCCUCCAGAACCGCAGCUGACUCUGGGUUCGAUGGGGUUCCCGUGCGAGCGGUGCUUUGGACAAAGGACGGCACCUGGUGGUAGGAAGGGGUUGUGCAGUGCUGACAGCCUUUGUGGUCCCUGCGUUCAUGCGUCUCUGCCGCUGCUGCUGCUGCUGCUGCUGGGGACAGGUUGUUCCCUCGCUCCCUUGCUCGCUUCCUCUCCUCCAGGAUUGCCGCUGACUUUGGGUUCGACGGGGUUCGUGUGGUGCUUUGAACUAAGGGCGGCACCAGAUGGUCAAGGCUGUGCUGUGCUAGCGGUCGUUGCGGCCCGCGUCUCUGCUGCUGCAGCCGCCGCUGCUGCUGCAGCCGCCGGCACUGCUGCUGCCGCUGCUGCUGUCGCUGCUGCGACCGCUGCUGCAGCCGCCGGCAUUGCUGCUGCUACUGCUGCUGCUGGGGAUCGCUCCCUUGCUCGCUUCCUCUCUUGUCUUCCAGUGAUCAGGCUUGAGGAAGGCCAGCACAGCAUCCGUGCGUGAGGAGUCUAUUUUUGAGGCGCCUCAAAAACAGCUGCCUUGGUUUAGAGACCAGUGAUUAGGCUUGAGGGAGGCCAGCAUCAGUAUGGGAAGAGAACCGUCUUCUUGCCCGUGGUGGAAGCUGUAUGUGCAAGCCACACACACUAUCUCUCCCUACCAUCCCACUUGGGAGCUGUAGGUGUGUGUAGCAGUGGGGAUGCAGAAACAUCAUGUCAGGAAUCUUUUUGCACUUGCAAGAGAGCACCCAACCGAAUCCUCUGGCAAGAGCUAUGGCACUACAACCGAGCAACUAUCUCUGUAACCUGUUCUUGCCUCUGACUGGCUUGGCUUGCCUCUUGUCAAUAAGGUGUCCAAGAUUCCCCCCCUAAUUCACACGCUUUUU